CCAGGAUGUAACCUGAAGAUCUUCAACAACCAGGAGUUUGCUGCCCUGCUGGCCCAGUCAGUCAACCAGGGGUUUGAGGCUGUGUACCAACUCACCAGGAUGUGCACCAUCCGCAUGAGCUUUGUCAAGGGCUGGGGAGCUGAGUACAGGCGACAGACAGUGACCAGCACCCCCUGCUGGAUCGAGCUCCACCUGAACGGCCCCCUGCAGUGGCUCGACAAAGUGCUCACACAAAUGGGCUCCCCAAGCAUCCGCUGCUCCAGCGUCUCUUAGGGGAGACCCCUCAUCCUCCCACUUCCUGUACAACACGUCUCCUGUCAAUGACUAAAAAACAUACAGACUUCAUGCAGACAAGAACAGCUACACAAGUACGGAAGGAUGAUGAACUCCUCACCUCAUUCAGCCAGUCCUCAUUCUGUAACUUAGUCCUUCCUCCCCACCAGCUGUCAGUAGCACUUUUUAUAUACAUGUUGUUUGUGGCAAAAGGGGACAAGUGCAUUAAAGCAGUACCGUGUUAGUAUGAUCUCCACAUUUUGUCCAGAAUUAUUUUGAUGGCAAUUUUUUUCUUUGGCAUCUAUGUGCCAGAAAGGCUGUAGCAAUGGGAGGAGGCUUUUUUUCCAAUUAAGAGAUUCUUAUUUUCUUUGCUUCUUUUGUUGAAAUUUAAUUUUCAUGAUUUUUACGAUAUCUUUUGUACAGAUGUUAAAAGUGAAUCAUGGAUUUUAAAAAAAAGAAUUUAAUUUUUUAAGCAUUAAUAACAAUUUUGUAAAGCAUGUGUAAGAUCAUGUUAAAUGCAUUUCACUUGACUUUGUUUCUGUAUUUGGGCAUUUGAUAGGUUAUGAAGAUAAUGGAAUAAUGGAAAUGGUCAAACAUCAGUUGUUAACACUGUGUGAAGGAAUAUACUGUAAACCUAGUUCAAAUA